AUGAACGCAGUGUUAUCAAAGCUUGAUCCAUUAAUUACAAAAUUUGGACUUGAUAAUACAGAUCAGAUUGAAAUACUCAAAGGACCAUGCAGUAAAAUCGGAGUUAGACCUGCUUAUGUGGUCUUUGUUUUUGGUUCUGUUGCACUUUUCAGCAUAUUGUUUGGAAUUGCAGCACGUUUUCUCUCCACAUUCAUUUCCAUCCUUUACCCAGCCUACAGAAGCAUUCAAGCUAUUGAAACAACAGGUGAAUCUGACGACAAAUAAUGGUUGACCUAUUGGAUUCUAUUUUCGAUCAUCACUUUGACAGAUGCCACCAUUGGAUUUGCAUUAGAAUUCAUUCCCUUCUACCACAUCUUGAAAUUGGCACUCUUUGUUGCUUUAUUCCAUCCACAAGUUAAAGGAGCUGAGAAAUUGUAUGACAAGUUUGUACAUCCCCUUUAUUUGCAAUAUCAUGAGAAAAUCGACAAGGGUUUCCAAAAGGUUUAAGACAAAGUUAAGUAACAAGUCAAUGACAGAUUUUAAAAUUGAUAUAUUAUGGCCACGUAUA